AUCAGUGGCUGAGUGUGCGAGCAUCGGUGCGGUGAUGAUCCGGUCUCCAUGAUGAUGCUGCUGCUGCUGCUGCUGCUGCUGCUGAUUAUUACCGUGAGUGAGUGAGUGAGUGAGUGAAGCAGUGAAGCAGUGUAGACUAAGUGAAGCAGUGCAGCAGUGUAGCAGUGUGAUGAGUGUGUGAUGAAGCAGUGAACACACGGAGGAAGAUGCCGGACUCUUGUGCAGCAGCCGAGUGUAAGCAGAGCUCCGAUCAAAGCCAUGUUUCAUUCUUCAAGUUCCCGCUGGAUCCGGAGCGGUGUAAGCUGUGGGUGGGGAACUGUCGCAGACCCGACCUGCAGACCAAAACCCCCGAGUUCCUGCACGCUAACUUCAAACUGUGCUCCAGACACUUCGACGCCUCCGCGUUACUCGGAGAGGGUGAAACGAAGACGCUUCUGAGGGACGGUGCGGUGCCCACUAUAUUUGACGUCAGGAAGGUCAAUGCGCAGUACAGCAGGAAGAGAACGAGGGCGCGGCCUGCAGCGAACGCUCCUGUGGAAGCGAAGAAAGCGAAAGAUGAUCCACAAGCUACGCCCGCCAAGGAGAACGUGGUAGGACCUCCGGCGGAGAACCCCGGGACGCCGGCGGCUCCUCUGCCCGCCGAGCCGGAGAAGGACGAUCCGGCGACGUCCAAAGCCAAGGAGAUCCUGAAGAUCCACUUCAAGGAGACGUUGGCCUACACCGGGUUCGACGUGGGGAGCAGCGCGGCCAUGGACGCCGCCAAGACGCUGGGGGGCGGGGCGGCGGGGCAGCUGGGCGUCGACCCCGCGUGCGCCGACCGGAUCGACCCGAAGGAGGUGCUGAAGCUGGGCAAGGCGGUGAUGUGCGUGGAGAUCAGGAACUGCCUGCGCAUGGCCCGCUUCUUCUCCAUCGUCCUCCAGGACAAGACGGACGUGGAGGGCCGGGAGCAGAUCCCCUUCUUCGUCCGGACGGUCAGCGGGGACGGCUUCCCCCAGAAGCACUUCCUGGGGUUCCUGCCCUGCGAGCUGGACUCGGACGGCCUGUUCCUGGCGCUGAUCUCGGAGCUGAGGAACACGUGGCGCCUGCGCAUGGAGCACUGCCGAGGCUUCUCCUACCUGACCAGGGGCGUCCUGUGCCAGAAGCUGAAGGAGGUGGCGUGCAGGAUGCUGCGGGACUUCCCUCAGGUGGUCCUGGCGCCCAGCGACCCCUACGCCUUCAACAUGUGGCUCGUCCGCUCGCUGCCCGUCAUGUCCGUGCAGGACGCGGUGGACACCGUGGAGGAGGUGGCCGCCCUGCUGAAGAGGUCCGACACGCUGGCGAGGAAGCUGCGGUUCAGGAUCGCGGCGGCGUACGGCCACGUCAAGGGCGCGGCCGAGCGCGUCCGGGAGGCGUGCCGGGACGACUGGCAGUACGGCACCGACGCCUUCCAGACCAUGCUGGACAUCCUGGAGCCCCUGCUGGGCAGCAUCGGCGAGAUGUGCACCAGCACCCUGUCCGAGGUGGACGCCAGCGUCGUGGAGCAGCUCCUCAGGCUGAGGGAGAAGCUCAGGAGGUUCGACUUCAUCGUCACCCUGGUGAUCCUGAAGAACACGCUGUGCUGCGUCAGCAUCCUCAACCUGAGCCUGAGGGGCAUCAUCAGCAUCAGCAGCACGCUGCAGUACACCAUCUCCAACUCCCUCAAGCUCCUCGGCAAGCAGCUCCAGGAGAUCGCCAUAUGCCACCGCAAGUGGUUCUCCGACGCCGUGGGCAGGGCCAAGAAGCUGGGCGUGGCGGUCGGCGUGCCCCCGGACGCCGUGUCCAACGGCGACGGCGACGCCGAGCCCCCACCCCAACCCUCGCCCGAGGAUCACUACAGAGAGACGCUGACCAGGAUGAUCCUGCAGUACCUCAUGGACGAGGUCAAGCGCGUCCUGGGCGUGGAGAUGGUCCGCAUCCUCAGGUGGCUCUCCCUGGUCCCGUCCUACAUGGCCGACCACAACUUCAGCAUCCGCAAGGACAAGGUGGCCGACGCCAACCUGAACAACCUGGCGCGCCCCGACACCUUCUACGACGAGCUGGGCUGCUGGGAGGUCAAGUGGCGGCACGCCAGCAAGCGCCGCAUCCUGCCCACCGGCGUCUUCGCCACGCUGAAGAUCCCCGACAUCGGGUUCUACCCCAACAUCCAGAGCCUGCUGCGGGUGCUGGGCUCCAUCCCCUGCAUCAACGCCGACGUGGGCGUGUACGUGGGCUACGACCUGGUGCUGGACAGGUACGGCUCCUACCUGAGGGAGGUGCCGGCCGAGAAGAGGCGGUGCGGCUCGGCGUUCGUCUACGUCAACCAGGACGUGCACGUCAACGCCGACGAGAUGGUGCGGGCCUACGUGAGCGACCAUCCGGACGUCCUGCAGCUGCUCCUCAAGGAUGACGUGAUGGAAGUUCAACCUUCAGCGAUGGAAAACGACGCCAACGACGCUUCAAAGGAAGAUCUGGAGGAGCCCAGAGAAAUGACCCUGGUCAUGGAGCCGGAGCGGCCGAAGCCGACCGACCGCGCCGAGGCCGACAAGGAGGCGCUGAAAUCGGCCCUGAGGGCCGCCCUGACCGCCGCCUGGGACAGCCAGGGGGGCGAGGUGGAGUACGUCACCAAGUCGGAAAUGAACGAGGUCCUGAAGGUGUGCGAGGGCGUGGUCCGGGACGGCGUCAUCUCGGAGAUCGGGAACUCCUUCUUCUCGCUGUUCGUGGAUCGGACCGCCAGGUUCGGCGACUCCGACCUCCUCCCCCUGUUCGUGAAGUUCGUGGACAGCUUCGACGUGAUGCGGAUGGAGCUGAUGGGGUUCGUGGAGGCCGACCUGGACGCGGAGUCGCUGUGCACGCGCCUGUCCGACACCGUCACCGCCGAGUGGCACCUGGACCUGAAGUACUGCCGGGGUCAGGCGUACCUGGGCUCCGGCGAGGUGGCGUGCAGGCUGAAGGCGUUCGCGUGCAGGGUGCAGGAGCGGUACCCCCUGGCCAUUUGCACCCACUGUUCCUGCUACUCGUUCAACACCUGGUGGUCGCGCUCGGUCCCCGUGGCCUCGGUCGUCAGGGCGCUGGAGGUGUUGGAGAGUGCGCUGGUGUUUUUCGGCGGCACGCCCGAGCUGGAGAAGCAGCUGGACCAAGUCCUGGCGGUGGGUUUGCGCGAGAGCUUCGAGAAGGUCCGCGAGUUUCAGGGGAACUUCUGCUCCUCCUGGCUGGUGAAGCACGACACCUACGACGUCUUCGCUCAGAUCCUCGAACCCUUAUCCGAAUGUCUGGCGGGGUUCCAGGACAGCCCGCAGGUCUGGAGCUCGGCGGUGAUCAACCAGGCUGAGAAGCUCCUCCUGACGGUCCGGGACUUCGACUUCAUCGUGGCCGUGGUGGCCCUGAAGAACGUCUCGUCCUUCACCCGGGAGCUGAGCGCCGCCCUGCAGAAGGACUACUCGAGCGCCGCCUCGCAGCUCUGCCAGAUCGCCGGCAUCGUCGCCACGCUCAACCGACUCAAAACCAACAUCAAGGUCUUCCACCAGAACUGGUUCGACGAGGCCUGCGGGAUCGCUCAGAACCUGGGCGUGCCCGUCAAGGUGCCCGAUAACGUCCCGGUGCCCAGGGACAGCCUGCUGAAACCGGCCGGCUACUACAGGGACGCCGUCAGCGUCCCGCUGGUGGACCACCUGAUCGGCUCGGUCAAGGACCACUUCUCGGACGACCACAAGGAGGCGCUGAACUUCCUGUCCCUGGUGCCGUGCUCCGUCACCACCGGCUACACCUUCGAGAGCCUGAAGUCCAAGGCGUCCCUGUACGUGGGCGACCUCCCGGACCCCGACAACUUCUUCACCGAGCUCUCGUGCUGGAAGGUGAAGUGGAAGACCAAGGUGGCGUCGCCCAGCGUGCCCGACACCAUCUUCCAGACCCUGCGCCUGCCGCUCAUGCAGUACUUCUCCAACAUCAACACGCUGCUGAAGAUCAUGUCGGUGUUGCCCAGCACCGCGCCCGAGUACUGCGGCGAGGUCAAGCGCCACGAGGCGUUCCAGGACUACCUGAGGGGCACGCAGGCCAGGGACCGCUCCCCGUGCGUGGCCAUGCUCAAGGUGGGCGCCAACUUCGACAGGGACCUGGACAGGAUGGUGACGCAGUGUCUGAAGGUCACGCCCAAGACGCUGGAGGGCAUCUGCCUGGACAAGGAGGCCAAAACCCUGAAGAAUCCUGAAGUAAAGAUGGAAGACAACCACAAGGAUGACGUGGAGGAGAUGGAGGUUCGGCAGGAACAACCACCCCGAAAUCUCCCGGACUUUAACCAGCUGAAGGCGGCAGAUGACACCAGGACCAAGGCAGCAGAGCCGAUGGAGACGCAGCAGGUCCCAGAAGUCGCGGCUGAGGAGGUCGAGCCGGAGAACGGUCAGACGGACCGGCCGUCCGAUAACCUGAACAGUCUCCAGACCGUCUUCAGAGUGGCGACCAGACUGGCCCGGAGGAACCGUCCCUUCAGAGAGCUCCCCACGGAAGAUCAGGAGCUGGUCCUGCAGGAGCUGGGCGCGUGUCAGUGGGACCAGAGGAACACCAACCACAUCUUACCGGACGUGGAGAUCCUGGAGAGCAUCGUCAGGUCCAUCAGAGAGACGGUCGUCUCCGAGGUCCAGGAGUCCCCGUUCUUCUCCGUCAUCACCGAUAAGGUGGUCGCCGUGGACGACAGGAAGUUCGUCCCCGUCUUCGUCCGAUACGUGGACGAUUGCACCCCGAGAGUGGAACUCCUAGGGUUCCUGCCCUUCGACGAGGAGCCCGACGCGGAGAUCCAAGCCAGGACGCUUUCGGUGAUCCUCUCGGACGAGUGGGCGCUCCAGAUGGGCUGCUGUCGCGGCCAGUCCUUCAUGUGCACGAGCGCCGCCGGUCAAGGUCUGAGAAAAAUGUCCCUGGACUUCCUGGAGAGGUUUCCUCUGGCCGUGAACACGCCCAGCGAAUCCUGCGGCCUGGCCUACUGGCUGGCGGUCAGCCUCCAUAACGACCCCAUCACCAAGGUCCUGGGCGUGGUGGAGGAUCUGCUGCUCUUCUUCGACCAGUCGCCCAGGCUGCACGCCGAGCUCUCGCAGACCAGAGAGGGUCUCCUGAACACCCCCCGAGAGGCCCUGGCCGAGGUCCCCGAGACCUGCCUGUCCAGGUGGAAGAAGACGGAGGACUUCUUCGACAUCCUGGUGGACAUGCUGGAGGGGGUGCUGAGCUGCCUGGACUCGGUGAGCGGCAACGCCGACGCGUCGUGGACCAACAGCAUGUCCAUCCACGCCCUCAUGCUGUCCACGGCCAUCAGGGAGUCGGACUUCGUCAUCUCGCUGGUCAUCCUGAAGAACUCCUGCGCCCCGCUGCGGAGCUGCAGCACCGUGUUCCGCUGCGGGAACCCGGCGGACAUCAUCUGCGAGCUGGAGCGCGUCCCUCUCAUAAUAAACACUCUGAGCAAGACGCUGGAGAACGUCGGCGCCGUGCACAGAUCCUGGUUCGAGGAGGCCACGCGGCUGGCCGGGAGGGUCGCCGGGACGCUCUCGUACCCCGACGCGGUCAGCGCCUACGAGUCCGCGGAGGUGGGCUACAGAGAGACGGUCAGCAUCCCCGUCCUGACCGGUCUGAUCGAAGAAAUGAAGUUCAAUUUCUCCGAGUGUCACCUGAAGGCCCUGAAGCUGCUCUCCCUGCUCCCCACCUGCAACCCGUUACCCAUCCUGCCCGAGGCCACCGAUAAGCUCUACGCCGCCUACCGGUCCGACCUCCCCGAGCCGGACACGGUGGAGGACGAGAUCGACGCCUGGGCCGCCGUCUGGAGAGAGAAGUACCAGGACGUCCAGCCGCCGGCCUCCGUCUCCGAGACUCUCGACCACCCGGAGGCCAAGGGUCACCCGAACGUGACCGCUCUCCUACGCCUGGUGGCGGUCCUACCCAGCAUCAGCAUGGAGUGUGAUCUCAUGAAGACCACCGUCAACUCGCUGAGGACCUUGAUCCGGGAGGACGUGACCUGCCGGGGGAGCAAGACCAGCACCGUCAUGCUCCUGAUGCAUCGCCAGAUCCUGCAGAGCCUGGACCAGCUGGUUAACGAGUGCAUGGAGAGGGAUCCCAGCAGUCAUGGUUUUCUCUCUCAGGUGAAGCACUUGCUCUCAGAACUGAAAGUGAACAGUGAAGUGUGUGAAGUUCCUGCAGUAGAAAGGGCCGCCACAGACGGUUCCUCCGGGGGUUCAGAGGAACUAAACGGGGCGGUUCCAGUCGUGACCCAGGAGCAGCCUGAAACCAAUCAGCCUGGUGCUGAAGAGUCCAACACUAACACGCUCAGUGAUACCACCGUGACUCCAGACGAUGGUGCACUAGAACCCGAGGCGUCAUCGGUACCCACGACCAUGGAUGCUCGGUCAGCAUCAACAGUCCCAGAUGGCCAGCCUGAUCAGACGGAGCAGGUCGUGACCCUGGAGCUCGUCGAUGCAGCUCCUGAUGCCACAUCGCAGCCUGUGACCACAGAGCCGGACAGACCAGCCGAGGACGUCGCCACCGAAGUGACGGCGACCGUUCAGUUCGCCAUCCCAGAACCUUCUACAGACCUGCCUCCUCGGGACGUCAAGACGGAGCCGGUCGUAUCGUCCAAGGAUGUCAGCGUGGAGAUGAUGGAAGCGGCGCAAGAAAUCACUACCGAGUCGCCUUCCGUAGCCGGCGCCGUCGUGGUUGAGCACGCUACGGAAGCUGUGGACGUCGCGCACGUCGAUGCCGCGGAACCUGGCACAGAAGUUAGCAUGGAGGUCACGACAGCAGCACAGAAUGUCCUCACAGAGCAGGAGGAGACGGCCCCGAUCGGCCCCGAAGGAACCUCUCAGAUGGAAGACGUGACCACAGGUCCAAGUGCAACUGCUGAGAACUUCGUGGAGGCUGCGGCUCUCGACACAGAACCUGUGGUGAAAGUGGCAGCCCAGCCCGUCACCGUGGAGCCUGUAGUCGCCGCUGCAGAUGUCGACAUGGAUGUACCUGCAGCAGAAAUGGUGGUACAGGGUGGUACAGAAGCUGAGGAGGUCACUGUGGAGCACAAGGCAGAAGUACAAGGUCUAACCACAGAACCUGUAGUACAAACGGAAGUCCAAGUUAUCGCCAAGGAGCUUGCAGCACCACCAGAGGUUCUUAAGGUCGUGGAGGGAACUGUUGACCACAAGGCAGAAGUACAAGAUGUCACUGCUCAACCUGAAGCAGAAAUGGCUACCCAAGAGGUCGCCAAGGAGCUUGCAGCACCACCAGAGGUUCCUGAGGUUACAAGUACAGCAGCUGUGGAGGAGACCGUUGACCACAAGGCAGAAGAUGUCACUACUGAGCCUGUGGCAGAAAUGGAAACCCAAGAGGUCGCCAAGGAGCCUGCAGAGCCACCACCAACAUCUGAUGAGGUCAUUGUGGAGAACAAGGCAGAGGUGCAAGGUGUCACCACAGAAGCCCAAAGUGUCUCCAUGGAGCUUGCAGAGGAAUCACUUGAAGUUCCUCAGGUGCCAGGCACAGCAGCUGUAGAGGAGGCCAUGGAGAACAAGGCAGAACUACAAGGUCUCACUACUGAACCUGUAGCAGAAAUGGAAGCACAAAGUGUCACCAAGGAGCUUGCAGGGGAAUCACCUGAUGGUCACAAGGAGCCAUGUACAGCAGCCGUGGAGGAGACUGUGGACCACAAGGCAGAAGUGCAAGGUGGCACCACAGAAUCCGUCGUACAAAUGGAAGCCCAAAGUGUCUCCAUGGAGCCUGCAGAGGAACCACCUGAUGUCCCUGAAGUGCGAAGUACACCAGCUGAGGAGGUCACUAUGGAUCACAAGGCAGAAGUGCAAGGUGUCGCCACAGAACCCGAAGCUCAGGGUGUCACCAUGGAGAUUGCCGCUCCUACUGAGCCAAGUGCAGCAGCCGAGGCGGUCACCGUGGUGGACAGUGCUGCAGUCCCGGCUUCAAACGCAUUAGAUGAUGCUUCCAUGGAGCAAGAAGUAACCACGACAGCCAAGGAUGCCAAUAUGAAGGAUAGUGUGGCACCUCCAACAGAUGGCACCACAGACGCGGUAAAACCCAGUCCAGUAAGCUCCAUCCUGGAAUCCUCAGCUGCUGCAGCUGGAUCUGUGCAGAGCAUCAACAUAGAACCUGUAGCAGAACCUGCAACCCAGGGUGUCACCGUGAAGCUUGUUGAAGCUGGUCAGGAUGCCCACAAGGAAGACUCUACGUCUACUGCUAACGAGGUCACCAAGAUACCAGCAACCCACAGUAGUGGUACACAGCCUCCCUCUGCACAUCUGGACAGCACAACACAGCUGGUAACAGCUGCACAAGUGAACACCACAGAGCGUGAUACGCCUGAGCGGUCAGUUGAGACCAGGAUCAUCAAAACGGCACCAGUUGAAACUGUGGAACUGGCACCAGCAGCUACACAAGAUGCCCAAACAGAUCAUAUAACAGCAGCCAAGGAAGUCACCACAGAGCCUGCUAACGUCAUCACAGAGGUCGUGAAACCAGAACCAACCAUCAAGGAAGCCACCUCAGACCAUGUUGUACCAGCCCAGGCUGUCCUCACAGAAGAGACCAUGGAAGUGGCACCAGCAGAAGCACAGGGUGCCAACAAAAUACCUACCCCAGCAGCCUGUGAAGGUACCAGCCAGCAUGUCGAAGCAACCCAGGAUGUUACCUCAGAGACUAUGGAACUGACGCCAGCCAAAGCACAGAGUGUCACCACAAAGCCUGUCACAGGAGCCAAAGAAGUCACCACAGACCCUGUUGUAGCAGCCCAAGAGUCCAUGGAAGUUGCACCAGCAGAGACACAAAGUGUCAGAGAAGAAUCUAAAACGGCACCCAAGAAAGUCUCCUCAGACCCUGCUGUAGCAGCCCAGGAUGUUACCCAAGAGUCCAUGGAAGUUGCACUAGCGGGAGAACAUGGUGUCAGGGAAGAACCCAAAACAGCACCCAAGAAAGUCUCCUUAGACCCUGCUGUAGCAGCCCAAGAUGUUACCCAAGAGUCCAUGGAAGUUGCUCCAACAGAGGCACAAAGAGUUAUUAAAGAACCUGAAAUGGCACCCAAGAAAGUCUCCUCAGACCCUGCUGUAGCAGCCCAAGAUGUUACUUCAGAGACCAUUGAACGGGCACAAGCAGAAGUACAUGGUGUCAGUGAAGAACCUGAAACAGCCCCCAAGAAAGUCUCCUCAGACCCUGCUGUAGCAGCUCAAGAUGUUACUUCAGAGACCAUUGGACGGGCACAAGCAGAAGUACAUGGUGUCAGUGAAGAACCUGAAACAGCCCCCAAGAAAGUCUCUUCAGACCCUGCUGUAGCAGCCCAAGAUGUUACCCAAGAGUCCAUGGAAGUUGCACCAGCAGGAGAACAUGGUGUCAGGGAAGAACCCAAAACAGCACCCAAGAAAGUCUCCUUAGACCCUGCUGUAGCAGCCCAGGAUGUUACUUCAGAGACCAUUGAACAGGCAUCAGCAGAAGCACAUGGUGUCAGAGAAGAACCUGAAACAGCACCCAAGAAAGUCUCCUUAGACCCUGCUGUAGCAGCCCAGGAUGUUACUUCAGAGACCAUUGGACGGGCACAAGCAGAAGUACAUGGUGUCAGUGAAGAACCUGAAACAGCCCCCAAGAAAGUCUCCUCAGACCCUGCUGUAGCAGCCCAAGAUGUUACCCAAGAGUCCAUGGAAGUUCCUCCAACAGAGGCACAUGGUGUCAGAGAAGAACCUGAAACGGCACCCAAGAAAGUCUCCUUAGACCCUGCUGUAGCAGCCCAGGAUGUUACUUCAGAGACCAUUGAACGGGCAGAAGCAGAAGCAGAAGUACAGGGUGCUACCAAAAAGCCUGCAACUGAAAUGCCAACCCGAUCUCCUGCCACAGAGCCAAAAGCAACUGAGGUUCUCACCAAUGACCUUCUAACUACUAAGCAAAAUGCCAUAACGGAGCCUGUUACAUUAGCCCAGGAGGGCAGCACUGAAUCAGCCCCUACCACAGCACAGGGUGCUAUCUCUGAGCCCCCAGCAGCAGUCCAAAAUAAAGCACCAUCUGAAGAUACGUCCAUGCGGGAUGCCUCCAUGGAACCCCAAGAAUGCAAAGCUGCAAAGCCCUCACCACCCCUCAGUGAGACCAUGCAACCUGAAACCCAGAAUAUCAGCACUGAUCCCAUGUCAGCACCUCAAGCUGUCACCACGGAGGCCGUGUCCGAAAUAGAGAGCACCGCUAUGGACCACACGGCGUCUCCAGAUAUCAUCACAACACCUGCCACAACCAAGGAUGUCACCACGAAGUCCACUCCCACAAACAGUGUGGUGGAACAUAAGAGUGUUGCCAAGGACCCCACAGAAGACGCUCAAGCUAGUUCUGUAGAUCCAACUUUAACACCCCAAGAUGUUCCAAUGGAGACUGUUACAGCAUCAGAAGAUAUGACUACCAAGCCGGUAGAACCGGUCCAGGAUGUUUCGAUGGAGCCAGUUAGGGAGGCUCAGGGUGCCUCUGCAGAACCAAAAGAAGUGGCCCAAGAUGUCACGAUGGAACCUGACACGGACGUUCAAGAUGAACCCAUGGAUACCACUGACGAUCAGGAUGGUUCCUCAGAGCCUGUAGCGUCAUCCGUUCAUACUGACCCCGAGGUUCAAUCGCACGAGGUCACGGCAGCUCCUGCGAUUCCGAAUAGUGGAUCUGCUGACGUCUGCGAGGCCAAAGCUCCAUGUCAAGAUGCUGCUGUAGAUGGUUCCGCUCAGGCGGUCAACGGUGUCACCGGCCACGUCACUCAAGCUGUUCAAGAUGUUAUCGAUCAGUCCGGCCAGGCAGCUCAAGAUGGCACGGAAUCCCUCAAAUCGGUAGCACAAGCCGGUCAGGAUGAAUUACACCAGCCUGUACAGGACGCCCAAGGUGGAAUAGCACCCAGCAAAGGGGUUCUGUCGUUCUACGCCUAUCCUUCCCAAGAGGCGUUUCUCAGUGAACUUGAAGAUUCAAAGUAUUUCUCCAUCACGUAUGAACCGCACGUGGAGAUUGAAGGUCAUAUCUACAUCCCCGUGGGCGUGUGUUACCUGGAGAAGAAUGAGAAGCUCUGUGAGGACGUUCUGGCUUACGUGCCGCUUGACGAAGACCUCGGGGUCUUUGUAGAUUCCAUGACGGCAGCCCUGUCUGAGAAGUGGGGUUUGAACUUGGCGCAUUGCCGGGGGCAGAGCUUGCUCACCGUAGGCGCCACGGUGGCGCAUGUGAAAGCGGCGGCGGCGUUGUUCUCGCAGAGGUACCCGCUCGCGGUGUGCACUUUCAACAACUCCGUGUCUUUAAACACGUGGCUCGCCAGGUCAUGCGUGGAGAUAUCCGACAGCUACCUGUGGGUCGAAUCGCUCCUGCAGUGGAUGACCGACGACGCCGAAAAGCAGGCCAGAGUCCACAGGACCAUAACGUCGUUGUACCAAAACGAUGAACGGAAGCAGAGCGAACUGAGACUUAGACUCAGCAGAAACCAGUGGGAUCGUAGCCACGACACCAUAGACUUCACCGUCGAGGUCCUUCAAGCCAUAAUCCUCUGUCUGAGCGAGAUGAAGGAAAGUACCGACACCCAGGUGGACGCCACGCAGGCUGCGAACUUCCUCUGCAUCCUGCAGAACUUUGAACUGAUCCUGAUACUCGUGGUGAUGAAAAACAUUUUGGGCCUCACCAAAGACCUGAGCCAGAGUCUCCAGGGUGAACCUCUGGACAUGUACCAAGCUCUGAACACCCUGCCCGGUCUCAUUUCCUCCCUGAAAGAUGUGACGACCAACCUCGACUCGUACCUUCAAGCCUGGUACCAAGAGGCCGUAGUAUUAUCUGAAAAGCUGCAGAUCGGUGUUGACCCGACUUCACAGGAGUCGUUAAUCCUUCACUACAGAGACGUCGUUAGCAAAGGUGCGAUCGAGCACUCGGUCAGCGAGAUGAGCCAGCUUUUCUCGGACCGUGUCCAGUCGGUGCUCUGCUGCACGCAGGUCGUGCCUUAUGUCUUAUCCAAGGUGGACGGGUGCUGCACGGACUCGGACCUUUUUAAGGUCUACCAGGAUGACCUACCUGAAUGGAACUCGCUGCAGGAGGAGCUGCGGACGUGGCGGGAGAAGUGGCGAGGUGCCGUGAGCGCUCAACUGCCCCUUCCCAAGGGUUUUUUAGACACAUUUAAGACCUUGGAUGCCAAGUCGUUUCCCAACAUAGAGACUCUACUCCGACUUCUCAUGGUUUUGCCCUGCUGCAAGAGGGAGGACUCGAUCAGACAGGGGAAAAUGAGUCUAAUGGAGUUUAAUCAACAGAAAUCUUUACUUGAGCUCUAUCCCUUAUAGAGGGUAACCCUGAACUAGCCCGAAGGGUGUCAUGUACUGCUGAAGUUUUUAGAAAGUUACCCGCUGCAUCCACCUGGGCGUAAACGUUUCAGUAUGUUCUUUUUUAAGAGGACUGUACAAUUUAAAUGUAAUCUAAUUGUUUUUAGUUUCGUUUGACUUAUUUUUGUCUGGUUUGUAAUGUGGAUAAGAAAGAGGACUGCCUAUCGGGACCAACGUCUUGCCAAAAAUAAAAAAAACAAAACAAAAAAAAAUGCCCGCUGGGCUCUAAUGCUUUUGUGCCUUUAUGCAAAACCUACCCAGACUCUCAGAUCAUGUGGACUAGAAUCAAGAGGACUAGAGCUGCUCUCAAGCCAAGCUUUUUAACAAGUAUUCCAGCGUCUUCAGGAACUUUUACGCGUUUCUUUUAUCAUGUCGGUUCCGUCAGUGACGCAUCCGAUCGAACGUCCCGCCGAUCCCGAGCGCCUGCGUCCCGUCACCAGGUCACAUCAUGGCACAAAGUAAAACCCUACGAUCCCCUUCCGUGUCGGUUUGAUUUGUUUGCAGUUUGAUUUUAGACGCAUCGUUUUCUGUAAACACUCAAAGCCUUUCUCCAGUGGGAAGGAUUCUUCAUAUAUAUAAAUAUAUAUUUGACUAAAAUAAAUAAAAAAGGAUUUAAAUGAAACCUCCUGUGAGCUCUGGAUUUUAUUAUUUUUAUUUUAUUUUUAAACUAUGGAGCAUUUUUACAAACAUCCACUAGAUGUCAGACUCGUCUUUGGAUUGUUCAGCAUGAGCGCUGUGGAUCAGUUUGUGGAUCUCCUGUGUGUUCUUGUACUGUUUCAGAUCCAUUGUUAAGCUUUUUGUUAUUAAAUCUUCUGGUAUGUUUGUAAUUUUGGUUAAAUUGGUGUUUUUUUUCCCCAACCAGAGCCUCUAUGGUACGUUUUUAUUUCUCCUUUUUGUCCUUUUUUAAAUCAUUACCAGAGAACAUGUUCACACAUUUUGCCCCCGGGUGCAUCUUCAUUUUCUCUCCGACAUAACUUCUUAAUUAUCAAUCAGACGUGGAAUAUCUGAUCUGAGGAGGUCUUUUGUUUUGCAGACCGGUGGGUCUCUUUAUAAAGUACAUUUCCAGUCACGGUUGCUUUUGUGUUUUUAAUGUGUCUGAUUCUUUUUAAAUCUGCUUUUAUUUGGAUUUGAUUUGUUUGCAUGUGUGGAAUAUUUGGUGAAAGUUCUUACAUAUCAGAUUCUAGUUUUUAGCCUCUUUACAACCUUUUGUGUCUCCAUCGUGUCCAUCGAUGUUUGCUUUAAGAAACGGUCCCAAGUGUCCUUAGAGCUUUUAGGGUCCAGGCUAGUUGCACCAAUCCUAAUAAAGAGCUGCACCGCCUUACUGACAGUAUUCUACAUUCUAUAAUAAAAAUAAAAAUGAAUUAAAAUUCAACAAAGUUUUUUUGUACAUGGUGU